UGGUUGAUCGUUGACGUGCAACCCAUCGACGUCCACCUCUCAAGGCAUCCAUAUUUGGUUACAUUUUCAACCCGAUUGAUCCCUACGAACUAAUAUGUGGCCAUUCUCAAGCAGCGGGAGCAGCAACAACGCCGGAGGCAGCAAUGCUGCUGCACAUUCUGCUCCGGAUACAGCUUUCAACGGGGCUGCGCCGGCUGCGCAUGAUCCGGCCUCAUACCUAUCUUCGCAUUCUUUCACAAACGACUCACAAUAUGCAAGCUCAUCGUCUGGAAAUGCGGCAUAUACGAGCACACCCGCUCCAAGCACAUCGGAUAUCUUUUCCAAUCCCGCUUUGCAGCUCGAUCUAGCCAAGCUUCAUCCGAUGGCGGGGCUAGGCAAGGAUGACAUUGAAUACCUUGACAUCGUCGACGAGCAACCAUCCACCAUGGAGGGUGCACGGACAGCACUCCCUUCCAGAGGCUGGAGCGACGAUCUGUGUUACGGCACAGGUACCACCUACCUCUCGGGGCUGGCGAUUGGAGGCAUGCUAGGAGCACGGGAGGGUCUGACGCGGCCGCUGGGUGUGAACAACCCAACCACAAGGCUCAGGCUCAAUGCCGUGCUCAAUAGCAUCACACGGAGGGGGAGUUUCUUUGGCAACAGUGCAGGCGUGAUUGCUUUGAUCUACAAUAUCAUCGAUGCUUCGAUUGAUGCAGCACGAGGGAAGCACGACAUAUACGGUGCUGUUGCUGCUGGGUCCAUCAGUGGUGUCAUUUUCAAGAGCACAGCAGGCCCACGGGCGAUGCUAAUCUCAAGCGGCAUCAUGGCUGCUGCUGCCGCUACCUGGACAACAGCCAAGAAAGCGCUUGUCUAAGGCUCCUCUCUUCCAGCGCGGUACAGUGAUGGGCUUCGUGCCACGGGUGACAAGUAGAUGCAAGCAGCAGAAUGACCCGCGUAGGGCUACUCUUUACGCAUUUCAUAGAUGGACUCAAGAUGUGAUAAACUUCUUGUAUUGCUAGUUUCCCUCGCCCCCACUCUUACAGACGUUCCC